CAGCAAACUGCUAUGCGCAACACAAGGACACCAACGUCUCCAGGGUGACGAGGCAACAAUUACGAAUAACACACAUUUUGUUACUGCUCUCUGGGAUGGUGGCUUCCGGCUGUGCAAAAGGAUACCUAUUGAUACAGAGUAUCACAUUUACACUAUGGCGACCUACCUUUUCUUCUAUGAGUGUGACAAAUGUAGACAGUUUACAGGUGCAUCAUGCAUUACACUUGUGCAACGGCAAUUGGUUGUAUAUCCAAGGAUGAUUCGCUCUUUUAAAGAAGGCUACAGAAAUAUUUGCGUUUUGUUAAGUGGACUAAUAUUUGCUUUGAGUUCGAGCUGAUGCUAGGCUAAUUAGGCUACAUAUUUUGGAUAGGCUGCCUUGACAACAGUGCUGACUAGCUAUGUUCGUCUCUGUAGCGCCCCCUGUACUGCUCGAAAACUUUCCUUUCUCGAAGUGAUUUCCUCCCUGUUUUUACUUCCUGUUUUCUAAUGGGAGUCACAGCCCAAGAUUGCCCCAGCUUCUUUCAUUUAAAUGUGUAACAUGUUCUGUAUGUUCGGCAUUUUCUUUUGAUUUAAUUACGCGUUAUAUUGUAACAGUUUUUUUUCUCUGAAAUUUGUCUAAUGCAUGGGCCUAUAAUCGUCUCUGUUUGCUGAAGACUUGGAAAUGCAGAACUUGUUCAACUUUGGUCCUGAUGGAUUUUACGUAGGAUAGUCGAUUUGUUUGUUUUUUUGCUUUGUUGUAGUCUUUUUUCCACUAACCUUUCUUUUUGCUAUUCGCUAAACCACUCUGGUGCAGUAAGUUACCCAAAGGCCCCCUUUUGCUACUAAGCUGCCGAACUAGAAAACUAGUUCCUUUGUAGAUACUCGGGACCUGACAAUUACAUAGCUAAUCAAAUUCUGUACUUUCUACUACGGUUGUUGUUGCUUUUUGCACAUUUGUUUAUUCUUCGGUGGAAGUUAUAAUGGCCGAAUUCCAGCGACCGACACUGUGUUGCUGCCGCAAAGCGCUGACAGUGCCUAGCAAGUCGUGUGAGGGCGGCCGAAAUCUAGCUCAGUGUCGCCUUGUGGACAUCGCCUCAGCGUCCAACUUUCACAGCUUCAAGCUCCGACACUUUCAUUUAGACCUGCGCCUCAACUUUGCAGUAAAAGAGAUGACCGGCUGGCAAGUCCUGGAGCUUGUGCCUAUCCAACCAGGAGCGCAUACUUUGGUUUUGGACUCUCAUCCGUCGUUGCUUAUUCAUUCCAUAGACUGUAAGGUACCUGGCACCACCGCUGCCCAGGAUAUUACUCUAUCGCUCACCUACCGGGUAGAUCCAUUUACAGACUAUGGAUCCUCGCUGAACAUCAGCCUCCCAGCCUCUGUGACGCGGCCGCAUCGAGCUUUCCAGAUCACCGUUCGUUACACCACGACAGAUGGUCCUGCGAUCUGGUGGCUGGAUGCAGAGCUGACGUGUGGACAGACACGCCCACUGGUCUUUACUCAGGGCCACUCUGUCUGCAACCGCUCCUUCUUCCCUUGCUUUGACACGCCUGCCGUCAAGAGCACUUACAGUGCUACUGUCAGGGUUCCAGAGGGUGUGACUGUGCUGAUGAGUGCCUCCCGAAGCGCCUACUCCAAGCAGGAAAGGGUGUUCCAGUUCUCCAUGGAGUACCCCGUUCCAGCGUACCUGGUGGCCCUAGUAGCGGGGGACCUGCAGCACGCUGAUAUUGGCCCCAGGAGCCGGGUAUGGGCGGAACCAUGUAUACUGGCCUGUGCUGUAAGCAAGCUAGGAGGCAGCGUGGAGCGUUGGCUGAACGUGGCCGAGGACCUCUUCGGACCCUACGUGUGGGGAAGGUACGACAUAGUCUUCCUGCCUCCGUCGUUCCCAAUUGUGGCCAUGGAGAACCCCUGUCUCACCUUCAUCAUCUCCUCCAUCCUGGAAAGCCGGGAGUUCCUGCUCAUCGACGUGAUCCAUGAGAUCGCCCACGGCUGGUUCGGCAACGCUGUCACCAAUGCCACAUGGGAGGAGAUGUGGCUGAGCGAGGGCCUGGCCACGUAUGCUCAGAGACGGAUCACUACAGAGGCCUACGGUGAGGCCUUCACCUGUCUGGAGACAGUUUUUCGCCUAGACGCCCUGCACAGACAGAUGCGCCUCCUAGGAGACAACAACCCUGUCAGCAAGCUGCAGGUCAAAUUUGAGCCAGGUAUUAAUCCCAGUAGUCUGAUGAAUUUGUUCACCUAUGAAAAAGGCUUCUGCUUCGUCUCGUACCUCUCUCAACUCUGUGGUGACGUCAAAAGUUUCGACAGUUUCCUUAGGGCGUACAUAGAGCAGUUUAAGUUCACCAGUGUAGUGGCCCAGGACCUGCUGGAUUUCUUCCUGGGCUUCUUCCCUGAGCUGAAGGAGAGCUGUGUGGCCCAAAGAGAGGGGCUGGAGUUUGAGCGGUGGCUGAAUGACUGUGGCCCCCCCCUGUGCGAACCGGACCUUUCGGCUGGUGGUGUUCUCACCGGUCCUGUCCAGAGUCUGUGUGACCUGUGGGCUUGUGACCCCCAGGACCCAGAGGCCAUUGCCAACUUCAACCUCUCCUCCUGGAGCACCUUUCAGACCGUCCUGUUCCUGGACCGACUGCUAGACCGCUCACCCCUCUCAAACCAGGUGAUGGGACAGUUGUCGCGGUGCUACUCGGCCCAGCUGGAUGAGAUGAAUGCCGAGGUGCAGAUCCGCUGGCUUCAGAUCGUGGUGCGGAACAGUUUCUACCCAGACCUGCCCCGUGUCCGCGGCUUCCUGCACAAACACACGUCGAGGAUGUACACAGUGCCCCUGUACGAGGACCUGUGUGCCGGUGUGAUGAAGUGCUUUGCGGCCGAGAUGUUCUACCAGACACAAACCCGCCUCCACCCCAACCUCCGACGGACACUCCAACAGAUCCUGUUCCAGACCAGCGCCUUACCCCCAACCACAGGCUCAGUCUCCUCCCUGCUACCUACCGCUAUCCCCUCAUCCCCCACCCCUGGCGGUCACCCGGGGCCCACUGACCCCCCCGGUACUGGUACUAUCGCACUACGAGACGUCAACGUGUCUGCCUGACAGACCGGAUAAGGAGAGUGACUUGCUAUACACUGUGUGAACGAGCCAGACAGAGAAACGGGAGAAUAUUCCAGGGAGAUAGAGAGGGUGCUAUAAGCGUGACAACCAAACUGGAACAGACUUGAAAUGACAGCAGUGACAGGCGGCCAACUCCGUCAAGCCAGCGCUUGAGUGAGAAUAACAGUGAUUUACGAAGGACCAGCGGUUUCACGCAGACGCACACAAACAGUUACACCCAUAUGCGCACACUGUAUAGCCUAUUUAGAUUUAGAUUUUGAUUUGAAUAAGCUAACCUUUGAAGCCUUUCGAGGGAGAACAGGCUGUUUGCGUGUGUGUGUAUAUAUAUAUAUGUGUGGGUGUGCGUGCGUGGGUUUGCACGCAGGCUUGUGUUGCAUGAAUGAAUGAAUCCUUUGAUUUGGCGCACAAGUGUAUUUGUGUGUCCUGCUUAGACCCAGGAUUAUGGCUUUACAAGCCAGCUGCUUGUCCCCUAGACACAUUUACAGGAAGAGUUGGCCACCAAAACACCCUGCUCCCAAUCUAUCAUUCUAAAGAUUGGAGAUCUGCAGGUGUCUCCUAUCAGAUGAGGGAGACUGUGGACGCUGACUCCUUUUCAAAGUAACUCUUUAACAGUUGCAUUACGUAUGAUCAGGUACCCUAGAGCUCUGGUCGAAAGAAGUGCACUACAUAGGCAUGCCAUUGGCCAGGCUCCAUUUGGCCCUAAUCAAAAAUAGUACAAGCAGGGAGCUUUUUGGAAAGCAGCCCGUUUGCUCCAUUUAGCCCUACACACUUUUUUCCACCUUGCCUUUAAUAACUGUAAUUAAUUACUUCCAGUUUGAGAAUAUGCAACGGGGAGGUUUUUCCUGGAAUGGGAGUGGAAUCACACCUCCCCAGUCUUGGUUUUAAUGCCUGGGAUGUCUCCUUUGUCAAAACAUCCUUCCUCACCUCCUCUCUUUUACGUCAUGUGCAAGUUGAAAGAAUUCAAAAUGAAUGAAGGUGUCAUUGUCUUAGUUAGGAACCGAUUUAUCGGUUUAGUUUUUUCUUUAAGGAUACAUUUCAGGAUUUUUAGCCUCUGGUUGUAAAAGUGGUGUUAUCAUGCCAAAACAGAUCCCCUUCAAAAUUGUUUAACAUCAUCCAAAACACUGAAAUUUGGAAUUUCAUGCUUAUCUGAGGUAUGGUAGGGAUUCUACGUAUAGACAGCAUAUUACACAUCGGCUCAACAGGUUUAACAAAAAAGUGUUAUUUGCAGUCCCAGUCUGCAUCUUUAAGGGAUGCAUUUUUUCCCGCUUGAUGUUAGAUGAUUCCUGCUGGAAACUGUAAUCUGUGGUCCCGCUCUGUUGUUAUUAGAAAUGACAGCCACUACUAACAAAAAAUCAGUGGAAGAUGUGAACAAAUCUCAUGAAAUCUCUGAUUUCUUUGAUGUUACUUAAGUGAUUUGGCAAUUAAGAAUCAUGCUCAUACUACAUUACAUGCUUACAUUACUUACAUCAAUGUAUUUUUGCUAGGGGUGGGUAAAGUAAGCUGACAUUUUGAAGUAUAUUCUUUGCCAAUAGAUUAUUUGAGGGUGAGGAACCAGUUAACAUCAAGUUCAUGAGAAAAUACAUUCUUUAUGAAGUUCAGAUAAGUACAUGUGAAGGAGAGGAAUGUAGGGGAGGAUGCUAAAAUUACUGUACACUAUUGAGACCGCUCCCCCACUGACAAAACCUCACCCAUAAUUUUGAAGACAUUCAUGCAAAAGGAGAUGUUAAGACAUUUGUAUAUUCAAACUGCUUUUAUUCGUCUGGGCUGCGUUCAGAAUUGUUUUCAGGUUUUGUAGCAGGUAGCAUACAAUGUUAAAGAACCUUCAGAUAGAAAUAUAAAUUGUGUGGAACUGACAUGCUUCUCUGUCCUGUAGAAUAGGGAAUCAUUGUCAGGUUAUACAUGCCAUUGCUUAUCUGCAAUUUUCAGAAUUCAUGUGGUAGCUCCUUAACCACGUAUGAUGGCGCACUAUGAAUCCUAAACCACUCUCUUAUCCCUACCAACAUGCCGAGGGGUGGGUGGGUCCUCCUUUGUAACAUAAAGCUGACAGAACUCUUAAACAUACAGGGGGUGGACAAAAUAACAGAAACAUUCUUCUUGGAAUGCUGUCUUAAAAGUCCUGAGCUGUGUGCUGUGGGAUACUACUCCAUUCUUCAUAAAUUAAAACCUCACAUUUUAAGCUCCACAACUUCACAUAAAUUUGCAUCAAUGUUCAGAUCUGGACAUGCAGGAGGCCAUAGAAAGUGUUUGUACAAAGUUAAAUGUGUUUGUACAUUUGCCUUAGAUACAAUUGGUUUCUGAAUGACAGCCCUGCCAUAAAUUCCAGCUUUGUGAUACUCACAACGUACAGUUUUUAUUAAGACUGGGUCACUGUGGUGCUGAUUCUAUUCUGAGGUUCGUUUUGUCAAUGAUCAGCAUAUGCUGUCAAGAUUUUUAGACCGUUUCCCUUGACAUAUUGAAUAGUUUUGUAGUUUUUGUGACUGAUGCUCCUGCAGUACAGGCUGUUUGCUCCCUCUGAAGCUUUCAGUGGCCUCAUGUUACUUCCGAAAUUCAAAUUUCAAAGUGCUAACUAUUAGACCUGUUUUAUAACUGACACAUACAUACUGCUAAUUUGCAAACAACCUAAUGUGACCUCUUCAUCUGAGAUUGUAAUUGUGUAGUAGCUUCAAAGUGACAAUCCUUUCCCAUUAUUUUGUCCAACCCCCGUAGUUGCACACCUGUAUAAACUCAUGCUGGUUCAUGUUCGAAAAACAUUGAGAAAAAGCCGCUGUCACACAUGGUCACUGCUCUCAGAUGUUAUAGUUGAAAUAAAAUGCAAUGUUUUAGUAAGAGACUUUAGAGACCACUUGCAUUUUAUUACAAUAAUAAGAUUGCAAGCUGUGACAUUCUUCAUCUUAGACAAAAAAAUCCAUGUGUCAUAAUUGGGCACACCUCUUAUCUUUUUGUGUGAAACAAAAAGAUGUGAUGUUGUUCUUAAUGGGCUUUCACUGAGUUCAUGACGUUGGAAUGGUUGCAACAGAAAGUGGCCACUGAAGCAUCCGAUUAGCGCCUACACCCUCCAUUAUCCCUCUUAGGGUUGCUUGUGCAAAUGCCAGUGGCAGUGCCAGUGGCAUGUGAAGGUUCAAUUGGAGAGGUGAAGGGGGGGGUUUGGGAUAUAGCCAAUGUCAGACUUCUGUGCUUCUCUCAUGUUGCGGCUUGCUUACCAUUCCUAAUGCUACCGAUCAUUUUUAUUUGUUAAUUUACUAAAAAGGGGAGGGUGCCUAUCAGGGGAGGUGUGUUUGUCGUCCGCUGGGGUAGGAGGUCAGUGACGUAUUAAUAAAUUAAUAGAAAUGCAGCUUGAUGUUAGAUGGUUGUAUUGGCCAACACAAUAUGUAAUCUAAGACUCAGUGUUCUUUAAACAGCCAAUAUGAACAUAAUGUAAUUUUAGUCACUGCUUUUGCAAGUACUGUAAUUGGGGAUAUGUGAGUGUUUUUUAUAUAUAUAUUUUGGCAAAAUUACCUUUAAGUAGCAUCAAACCAAAUAUGCAGUUGAUUUCAGGUGACUGAGUUGUUCUUUUCUUAAAUAUACCCUGAUUACUUCCAUAGAUUAUUUUGGUAGUGAUGUCUGCCAAGUUUUUCAUUGUUGUUUAAAGAGAACUGAGCCAUUAAUAUUGGUCAAUACAAGUCUUUCUAGUUGUGGAACCAUCAAACAUCAAAUAAAAAAAGUGAAAUUCUUUAAUAUUUUUUUAGCACACAAACUGUUUUAACUUUCCUACCCUACAUUAUUAUUUAUGUAUUGUAAAUGGGCUGUACCUCAGUAUAGCAAUGUGAGGGGCAGAAUGUUUUUGUUGAUUACGAGGGAUUACAUGUUUCAACAAUCCUCUGAUGCCUUAUUUACUGUAGCUUACAGUACUGUUACUGGAGAGUAUGGGAUAAACUAGGUUUGUCUCCAGUGUUUUACAGGUAAUAAAAAAAGCCUGGAGAAUCAACAAUGAUGUUUUUUUAGACUGAUGUGAGUUGGACUGAACAAAAAGAACAAUGUGGGAAAAAUCACUUAACCUUCGCACAUUCAACAGACAUAGCAUAACAGAUUGUGAAAUCUUCUCCUCCUCUCCUCGGCCUUAAUUAAUUUGAUACUUUAGUUGUAAUUUCCUCAUGCCCAAGCAGACAUGGCAAGGUAUCAUCCUCAUAUACACUGCCAGUAAAAAUCCACUUUUCUGGGAUUUUAUUGAAAUCUAAACAGUUCAAAUCCAGUGAAUAACGAUAAAUGGUACAAAGGUAAGGUGUAAAAUGCCAGAGGUUAAAAACAAAGCUAACCAAAAACUUACAAAUAUUGUUCUAUAUUAGUUAUAAAAAAAGCCCUUUUCCAGGGAACAACAAUGGGUUAAGAAAUUGCAGCUGUUCUAAAUCAAUUAGCAUCCAGUUUCAAGGCUUAAUUUACUAACAAUUCCUACAGGUGUCCCAACUUUUGUUGAUUACUUGAUUACUCUACCCAUAUAAAUGCAGUGUUUGGACAGACAGUGGCUCAUUCAUGUUCAAAUUUGAUCUUAAAAUGAUUGUACAAUAAUUUCACAGACAGAGCCUGGUAUUCAUUAAUAUUGUCUUAUCAUUACGAUCACACUCAAGUCUGGUCGGAGACUGUGUAAACCAACGUCAAAAUAUAAGAUCAUGCUUGAUUUGUAAUAAGCCUCUGUAACAACAACCAUAAUUAUAAUAAUAGGUAAUAUAAAAUAAGAUGACAAGGAAUAUAACACGCUCGAACGUAUCACCAUAUUAAAUAUUGUAUCACUACCGUAGGCUAUUACUGUGUUAUUUAUUUACCUUUAUUCUGCAUGUUCUCUCAUUUCUGUUGUUCAUGUGUUUGUUAGGUUUGAAAUGCCGUUGUGUAUGUAAUGUGCUAGAUAAAUAAACUUGCUCAGGUCUUAACGACAUA